CAAUUUAAUUGAUUCGUUGUGGUCCGUGGCAUUAAGAUUAAUUUUAGGUAUUUUCCAAAAUAACACUUCUUAAUUGAUAUUACUGUAACCGUUUUAUUUGAUUCGUAAUAAGUUAUAACAUGGAAAAGUACAAAGUUGGCCCAAUAGUUUUAUUUAUUGUUAUUUCGACGGUCAAUUCUCAAUCAUCCACUACCGAAGUGAGUAAAUUGGAAAAAUUCUAUUAUGACAAAUGUCUUAAAUACUCAGGCGGAGCCGAGGCGUUUGACAAGCUCAGGACAGAUGUCUAUGAAAUGUACGAAUUUCUCUUGUAUACAUUCAAAUCGCUACCCAACAACCGAAAAACCUUUUGUUCAGACCACAGAUCAAACUUAAAAGUGAGGAUUCAAGAGGUAUCUAAAGACUUAAGACCUUGUCUUCCUGCAAAUGAAAAGUUCUUUGCCGAAUUUAUUGAGGAGUCUUUCAAAGAGUUCUUGCACUUCUUGUGUCACGAUAACGGGGAAUAUACAAGAAGAUUUUUCAGCGCCGACGGAUCCCAAUGUAGGACGCAGAUUGAAAAUUCUAACACGAACGACUUAGAAAAUUGCCUAAACAGGAUAUUCUCGCCGUCCCAUAGUUAUAUAACAAAGAAAGAAAUGUGCGACGAUGUCGUGGUGGCAAGGAAAUGCUUCGCCAAACUGAUUGAGAUCCAUUGUCCGAGCUCCUUGAAUUUCAAGCAGUUGAACGAGAUAUUUUUUGAUUUUGUCGGAAAGCCUUGUGGUAGUUGUCUUCAUUAUAUAAGUGGUUUGAUAAUGCUAGCUUGCCUGUUGGUCAAUGUUUUGACACACAAGAUUUACUAAAUGAACAUUUUUAAAAAACAUGUUCCAUUCCAGCACCUUUUCAAAGGUUAGUGCCCAUUUUAUUAAUGAAAUUUUAUUUACAAUGAACAUACUAGUCAUUGUGUAGUGAAAAUCGAAUUGUUUUGAGUAUUAUUUGAUUUAACUUUAGCAUCUUACAUUGUAAUGUUAGUUUAAAUUAGUCCUUAUGUUUUAUAGUAAAUCAUUAACAGCCACAAAGGCUUGGCCUGUCCAAUUCUAAAGUUAAGUGGUACUUACUCAAUUGUUAGAUUAUUUGAUAUGCAAAUAUAUAAGCCUGCAAGAGAUUUGAUGCCUUAUAUGGUCAAUGUAUUUUUCAUAUAACUUAAUUAUUUUGUUACCAUUGAAUGAAAUAUAAAAAUUUAUAU